CAGUAAUCAUCACAAGUGUCAUAGCUUUAUUGCCGACACGUAACCACAAAACUCACCUAACACCGACCCUCUUUUUCAUGCUGUUUACAAGGAGAAUGAUAUGACUCUUCUUUGCUUUUAGAUACCUCACCACCAUUACAAAUUCUUUAAUUAUCAUUUUCAUAUGUAUAUAUUAUUGACACACAAAGAGAGAGGGAGAUGUGUAAGAGACUAAUUUGGCGUUGCCCACCAACCUAACUUCCCUUCUACUUCAUCAACAACUCGUGUCCACUUUUCUCACACAAACUUUGGUUCAAGAUUAUAAUUAUAAACACGCCUCCCGCGUGAAUAGAAAACGCAAACAUCACAAAAACAUCAUAAGAAGAACUCUUCUGGCUUCACUACCACUUUUCCAUGGACAAUAAGGCCAAUCAUGUACAUGAUGGGCAUGAGAUUGAUCCUCCUAUCCAUAGCCAAGUCGUGAAGAUCAAGAGAGAGUUUGAGAAGAUACAACACCCGUCUCUAAGGCAGGCUGAGAUGCCAAGGGUGCUUCGCGAGAGCGUGAGUCCACGGCGUUCUCGUUCUCCCUUGGGCUUAGGAGAGAGAGAAAGACCCAUCUCCGUUGGGAAUUGAUAACAAAGAGAGAGAGGGAGAGAUAGAGAUAGGUGAUCCUCUGUGUAUUAGGGUUUCUCUUUUAUCUUUCAAUGUAAAUAUCUCUGGUGAAUAUGAUGAGUUUCCUGUGAAA